CACUCCUCCUGGUGCCAUGGCUCUCUCCAUCUCCUGGGAUGCCGUCUACAUCGUGGUGGAGGUGGUCAUCGCGGUGCUGGCAGUCUUGGGCAACGUGCUGGUGUGCUGGGCCGUAUCGAUGAACACCAACCUGCAGAAUGUCACCAACUACUUUGUGGUGUCCCUGGCGGCAGCCGACAUCGCCGUGGGGGUGCUGGCCAUCCCCUUCGCCAUCACCAUCAGCACCGGCUUCUGUGCGGCCUUUCACGGCUGCCUCUUCAUCGCUUGCUUUGUGCUGGUCCUCACUCAGAGCUCCAUCUUCAGCCUGUUGGCCAUCGCCAUCGACCGCUACAUCGCCAUCCGCAUUCCCCUCAGGUACAACGGCCUGGUAACGGGCACGCGGGCCAAGGGCAUCAUCGCCAUCUGCUGGGUGUUGUCCUUCAUCAUCGGCCUGACGCCCAUGCUGGGCUGGAGCCAGUGCGUGGAGGUGGCCGUGGCGGGUAAUAGCUCCGAGCCCCCACACUGCGGCGUGGGCCAGAUGCCGUGCCUCUUCGAGGCGGUGGUCCCCAUGGACUACAUGGUGUACUACAACUUCUUUGCGUGCGUUCUGCUGCCCCUGUUGCUCAUGCUGGCCAUCUACCUGCGCAUCUUCAUGGCGGCCCGGCGCCAGCUGAAGCAGAUGGAGAGCAAGCCGGUGGCGGGCGAGCGCUCGCGCUCCACGCUGCAGAAGGAGGUGCACGCGGCCAAGUCGCUGGCCAUCAUCGUGGGCCUCUUCGCUAUCUGCUGGCUGCCCCUGCACAUCAUCAACUGUUUCACCCUCUUCUGCGAGGAGUGCCCGCACGCGCCGCCCUGGCUCAUGUACCUGGCCAUCGUCCUGUCCCACACCAACUCCGUGGUGAACCCCCUCAUCUACGCCUACCGCAUCCGCGAAUUCCGACACACUUUCCGUAAGAUCCUCCGCAGCCACGUUGCCCGGGCAUCCACCCCGCACAGCCGGGACUGCAGCCACGGGCAGGAGCGCAUCAGCCUCCGGCUCAACGGGCACGGCGCUGGCAUCUGGGCCGAUGGCAGCACGCCCCGCCUGGGCAGGGCGGCCGCCUCCCUGGAGCCGGAAGGCGGUGGCUCGAGAGAUGGGCGUGGCUGCCAGGACGUGGAGCUCCUGAGCCUCGAGCUCCCCGGGUCGCAUCCUACAAGCCCUGGCCUGGAGGGGACCCCAGCAGCCGGCAUCUCCUGAUAUUGGCGGUGGAAUUCACUGAAAAAGGAUCUUUGACCGUCUGGUGGUCGGAGAAGUGGCUCUGCAUCCCGGGAAUGGGUCUGGCCUGGAUGGGGGGUGCCCGGCAUGGGACUGGGGGAUCUUCCUCAGGCUGGCCUCCUGAGCCACCACCAAUCUGUGUCCUGCCUCAGUGACCCAGAGUGGGCCUGGGUAGCAGGGAGCAGGGAGGUAGACAGGAGGAGGACCCUCAGGGGGGUUUUCUGGCUCUUGGCUGCCCUCCUGGAUGCCCCUGGUUCUGCUGCAGA